AUGGAAUUUCACCAAAAUAACAAUGGAAGAGAAGUUGUGGUCGAAGAUGAGAGGCAUCUAAUAGCAGGAGCCCCGAGCCCUGAAAGCCCGUGCUCCAAAAGCUAUUGCAACAACACCAACAACAACAGCAACAACAACAACAACUGCAAUUGCCAGACCAAUACUUCCAACACAAGCAACAACAAAGAACAGGACAGGUUCCUCCCCAUCGCCAACGUGGGGAGGAUCAUGAAAAAAGGCAUCCCAGCCAACGGCAAGAUCUCCAAGGACGCCAAGGAGACGGUCCAAGAAUGCGUGUCCGAAUUCAUCAGCUUUGUCACGGGAGAGGCCUCUGAUAAAUGCCAACGCGAGAAGAGGAAAACCAUCAACGGGGAUGACAUUAUCUGGGCCAUAACCAUUCUUGGUUUCGAAGAUUAUGUCACUCCGUUAAAGCAUUAUCUGGCCAAGUACAGAGAAUUAGAAGGCGAGAAGCUUAACGUCCCGAAACAACAACGGCUGCAUGAUCAGAAAGCAGGCAUGCAGUACCCCAGUAGUAGUGUAUAUUCACCGCCCAAUCUCAUUUCUCAGCCGUCUUUUGUGCCCAGUGAUCCCACUUUCUCCUUGCCUUUCCCGCAAAACUCAAUGCAACCGCAGUACAAACAGGAGAGCAUUGAUGCUGUGGGACAUUGGUAAGAACAAAGGGUCUGUGUGUGUAAAAUCAUUUGUAUAUUUCUUUGGUUUUGGUUACAUGUAUUAUUAUUAUUAUUAUUAUGAUAUACAAUAUACUGUACUGUGAUAGACAUAUACAUUUUGGAAUUGUUACCAGAAGAUGAUAGUAUUUGGUUAGGAAACAGAGCAAGUGAAUAAUUACGUGCUGUGGUUUACUUGUAACAUACAGUUUCAAAUGUGUUAUUCAUCACAAUACACAAGAAUU